GUCAAUGUCAAAAUAACAUAACCUAAUUUUUUCACGUGUCAGUUUAUUUAAAAUCAUAAUGAAUAGUGUACAAGAAUUGGACGAAUACGAACUUUAUUGUGAUGUGGAGGAUGAUUGUAAAGAAGAAGUUAUCGAAGAUAUUAAUGAAUUAAACAUAGGAUACAGUUCAGACUCUGAAGAUGAUACAAAUGAAGAAGAUUACUCAUUAAGUAUCAAAAAUCGCGACAAGAAAGCACAAAAAACUCAAGAAGAAACAUCAAAUAUAAAGUAUCAACCAACUGACAAACUUUUCCAUAAAUACAUGAACAAACUUAAUUUUGAUUCUUACAACAUUUCAAAUCGAGUAAACAAUCAGAUAAAUGAGUCUCAAAAAAAGAUUGAUGACGAGCGAAUUCGUCGUAAAGAUAAACAGGAUCGUGCUACUUCUGAGCAGGUUAUGGAUCCUCGUGUACGAAUGAUUUUAUUUAAAUUAUUAAACACUAAUUUAAUAUCAGAAGUACAUGGGUGUAUUUCAACCGGAAAAGAAGCUAAUGUUUAUUAUGCUACGGGUCCUAAUGAAGGCCAAUAUGCCAUAAAAAUUUAUAAAACAUCAAUAUUAACAUUUAAGAAACGUGAUAAAUAUGUUUCUGGUGAAUUUAGAUGGAGACAUGGUUAUUGUAAACAAAAUCCAAGAAAAAUGGUUGGGACUUGGGCUGAAAAAGAAAUGAGAAACUUACAAAGAUUGUAUUCUAAAGGGAUCAUUGUUCCACAACCAAUUCUUUUAAGAUCUAAUGUAUUAGUAAUGACAUUUAUUGGUGAAGAUGGCUGGCCAGCUCAAAAAUUAAAAGAUGCUCCUUUAAAUCAAUCAAAAGCUAGAGAAAUAUAUCGUGACAUUAUUGUCAUGAUGUGGAAAAUGUUUAAUUUAUGCAAAUUGGUUCACGGGGAUUUAUCAGAAUUUAACAUUUUGUACACAAAAAAGAAAGAAUUGUGUAUUAUUGAUGUUUCACAAUCAGUUGAGCAUGAUCAUCCAAGAGCUUUAGAUUUUUUAAAAAUUGAUUGUAAAAACAUUAAUGAUUAUUUUAAAAAGUUUGAUGUAGCUACUUUGAGUUUGAUUAAAUUAUUUGAAUUUGUUACUGAUGGAAGUAUGAAUGAGGAAGAAAUGGAGAAAAAACUAGAUGAAUUAGCAGAAGAAUCAGCAGAAAAAGCUAUUUCUGGUACAUCAGCAAAAGAUCAGAUUGAAGAAGAAGUGUUUAGGAACGCAUUUAUUCCUCAACAACUCAAUGAUGUAAUUCAUUACGAAAGGGACCAUAAAAAUUCAAACAAUCAAGUUGAAAAUCUUAUAUAUAAGACCAUAAUUGGUACCAAAUUAGACUCAGAAAAGGAAAGUCAAAAAGAUGAUAGUGAUCAGGAUGAAAAUAGCGAAGAUUCUGCGCAAGGUGAAGAUGAAGAAGGUGAUGAUGAUGGAAAAAGUAAAUUUGUGAACUCUGCUCGACCUAAAGAUGAAAGUUUAGAAGAGAAAAAAGCCAGAAAAAAGCAAGUGAGAGAAGAAAAAGCUGAGAAACGAAAAGAAAAAAUGAAAAAGCAUGUAAAGAAACGACAAAUUAAGUUAAGACAUAGUAAUAAAUAAUAAUAUUAAGUGUUAAUUAAUUUAAGCCAUAUCUUAUU